AUGGCUGCCAUCGCUACCGAUGCCAACCUCGACAAUCUCAAAUCCUCCGUCGCUGGAUUGGAGCAAAUCAGUGAGAAUGAGAAAACUGGAUUCAUCAACCUCGUCUCUCGUUAUCUCAGCGGCGAAGCGCAACAUGUAGAAUGGAGUAAGAUCCAGACGCCAACUGAUGAAGUGGUUGUGCCUUAUGACACUUUGGCGCCAACUCCUGCUGGUUCUGCUGAGAUUAAGAGUCUUUUGGAUAAGCUUGUGGUGUUGAAGCUUAAUGGAGGCUUGGGAACAACUAUGGGUUGCACUGGUCCAAAAUCUGUCAUUGAAGUUCGUGAUGGACUGACAUUUUUAGAUUUGAUUGUCAUCCAAAUUGAGAAUCUCAAUUCCAAAUAUGGGAGCAAUGUUCCUUUGCUUUUGAUGAACUCAUUCAACACUCAUGACGACACUCAAAAGAUUGUUGAAAAAUAUCAAAACUCGAAUAUUGAGAUUCAUACUUUUAACCAGAGCCAGUAUCCUCGAUUGGUUGCUGAUGACUUUUUACCCUUGCCUUCCAAAGGGAACACCGGCAAGGAUGGGUGGUAUCCUCCUGGCCAUGGGGAUGUCUUCCCAUCAUUAUCUAACAGUGGAAAACUUGAUGCACUAUUAUCACAGGGUAAAGAGUAUGUGUUUGUUGCCAAUUCAGAUAACUUGGGAGCUAUAGUUGACUUGAAAAUCUUAAACCAUCUGAUCGAGCACAAGAAUGAAUAUUGUAUGGAGGUAACUCCCAAAACAUUGGCCGAUGUUAAGGGUGGCACUUUGAUUUCUUAUGAAGGAAGGGUUCAGCUCCUGGAAAUUGCACAAGUCGCAGAUGAACAUGUUGGUGAAUUCAAGUCAAUAGAGAAGUUCAAAAUUUUCAACACAAAUAACUUGUGGGUGAACUUGAAAGCAAUCAAAAGACUCGUCGAAGCUGAUGCUCUCAAGAUGGAGAUUAUUCCCAAUCCAAAGGAAGUUGAUGGAGUAAAAGUUCUUCAGCUGGAAACUGCAGCUGGUGCAGCAAUAAGGUUCUUUGACAAGGCUAUUGGGAUUAAUGUUCCUCGGUCCCGAUUCCUUCCAGUGAAGGCAACUUCAGAUUUGCUUCUUGUCCAGUCGGACCUCUACACCUUGGAAGAUGGAUCUGUCAUUCGGAACCCAGCUAGGACUAAUCCUGAAAACCCUGCUAUUGAACUGGGGCCAGAAUUUAAGAAGGUUAGCAACUUCUUGAGCCGUUUCAAGUCAAUUCCUAGUAUCGUUGAGCUUGACAGUGUAAAAGUGGCUGGCGAUGUAUGGUUUGGAGCUGGUGUAAUCCUCAAGGGGAAAGUCAGUAUCGUAGCCAAAUCUGGCGUAAAGCUGGAAAUUCCUGACGGAGCCGUAAUUGCGACUAAGGAAAUUAACGGCCCAGAGGACCUUUGA